CUCUGAUUUUUAUGGCUGCCUGGGGCCUUGUCCCAGGACUUGCUGCUUCUCCCGUCUGAAGCAAAGCCUAACUAUAAAUGUCUGCACCCCGUGAAUUUCCUCCAUCCUCUGAAAACCGAGCAACCUUCAGUUAAACGGAAGCAAGUUUGAAAAGUGAUGCUUUCUCACUGCAAACUUGGUGAAACCUCACAAACUGGUAGCCAUUACCUGACAUCUAUUGUUACGAUGGAAUCAAGGAGUUGGAGGCUGGGCAGGGCUGCCUACCCUUGUCUGGCCAGCGAUAAAUCCUGGUCAAAUCGCAGCCUCACUUCCCUUGUCCAUACUCAUCCCCUAGAGUCCAGAUGGUCUCUUUGGACAUGUAGGGCCUACUGGGACCUGUAAUGACUUUGAACCCUAGGCCAGCCUUAUACCUGUGCCAGAUAUACCAUUUUCCUAAACGUACCUUCAGUCAAUAACCUUUUAAGGCUGUUCUUACCGAGUCUCCAUUGUGUCUUGGGGUUGAUUACCUAAGAAGGAAAACACAGAUAAGGUUCAGAGGAUAAGUGGGAACCAUGUGUCCCCUGCUACCCCUUUAUUCCUGGGUCAGAGGAAGGGAGCCUUGCUUGCUGAAGGGAGCCAGGUGCGGGGUGGCAAGGCCUCCAGUGUUCCCUAUAAAAAGCUGUCGAGUGCCCAUUCAGCCCUGGAACUCGCAAUGAGCACUUCCCAUCAAAAAGGGGAAAUGGCUGAUUCUUGCCGGUGAGUCUGUCCCAGGUGGCCCAGGUGAGCUUUCAGAGUAUCUGCUUUUUCUCCUCUAUUUAUUCUACCUCCACCCUCACUCUCUAUGCUCCAAGGCUUCCUUGUCCCCUUUCUCUCUUGCAGAUUCCUUGGGUUCAUAACAUAGUGGGGAAGGAAGGAAGGAAGAGAGGGAGAGGAAGAGGAAGGAAGGACCUGCUAAUCACCCAAGGGCUUCAGAUGGGAAAGAAAACGGAUAACUCUGGUGAAUCAGGACAAGGCCAUUUCCCCAUGUAGGGUGAUGGAAGACUUGGGCUAGCCAUUCUAGUUCUGAUGUACCUGUGGGGAGGAAGGUGAUCUCCGUGUCUUACUCUUCCACCAUCUUCCUCAACUCCUGGGCUAGCCAUUCUAGUUCUGAUGCUCUGUGAUGCCUCCUCACUGCCAGCCACAGAGCAGGAACUCAGUGCAUACACUUGACCAAGGAUUAAUCAACUAACAGGAACAGUUAGCAGAAAACUGGAUGAGGCAGAGGUUUUUCUGAUUGUGUACUUUGGGGAUAGGUGUGAGGGUUCCAGGGAGAGAGGCAGACAAGACCUUAAAGAGCUAAUGCAGUUCCGCCAGUGCUAACUCAUCCCUAGAGAUGACGCCGCAACUGUGGGUAGGAGCCCAAUGAGAAUGGUCACUGAGUCAGAUAGCACAGCACAUCCUGGGUACAACUGGGUAGCUUGGAUGGAAAUAAAAUUUAGGAGCAUAAUUUCGGUUGAGAAGUAGAGUGAAACUGGUUCUGGAAAAGUGAGUUCUAGUCCUUAGUGUGAAGGGUAUGGCUACUGGAGGGGGCCCUCUGCCUGCCCUCCCCUUCUCCACCUCUGGUGCCUCCUCUGCCCUUCUCCACCACUUUGGUUUAUCUUUAGGGUCUGUUUAUUCAAUACAUAUGGACAGAGAGUUGACUAUGUGCCAGGCACUGGGCUGGGUAGUGGGGAUUCAGCGGUGUAAGCACAGUCCCUGCCCUCAGGGAGUUCAUAUUCUAGUGGGCAGACCAAUAAACAAUUAAUGCUUUCAGGGUGAAACAUGCUGUGAUAGGGAUAAGAAAGCACAAAUCCCAAAGGAGCCUAGAGGGAGAACAGAGAGCCCAGUCCCAAUGUCACCUCUCUUGGGAAGUCUUCCCUGACUUGUUUUCUAUAAUAUCCUGUGCAUAUCUCAAUUUUAACACUUGUCUCAUUGCAUUGAGCUGAGGUUUGGUUGUGCUUACAGGUUUGACUUCCCCACCAGGCUCAGAGUUCUCUGAGGGCAGGGAGUUUGUCUAGUUUUUCUUUUUGUCUUCGGAACUCAGUACUUAAUAUGAGUUUGUUGAACGAAUAACAACAUGUGUUCCUGGUUCCUGAACUGCUCACUAUCAUCUGAGCUUCCAGGUAGCUCACCGAGUGCCUACAUUAGCUACUUUCCCUGAAAUCAUCAUGCAGGGGUCCAUGUUGGGAAAAGAUUUAUAGAGCAGAGGGGGUACCAGGCCCCAGCUCCCCUUCUCCAUUUACUGCCGAGUGCUGUCCCAGGUCAGCCAGGGAAAGAAUGACCCUGCUACCCUCUGACCAAGAUCUCUUCUCUUCUUUAGGGCUGGCCCUCUUGCUGCAGCUGGGUAAGUGCCCCAUGUGAAGAUGGGGAGUACCAGGGUGCCCUGGGGACAAGGGAUAUUAGUCAGGGCAGGGGCCACCUCUUAUUUCCCUGCCGUUCCAGGCACAGCAACCAAAAUUGUCUGUUACUUCACCAAUUGGAGCCAGUACCGUCCUGGAUUGCCCACUACAUGCUCGAGAAUGUGGACCCUUGUCUCUGCACACACAUCAUCUUUGCUUUCACUGGCAUGACCAACAACCAGAUGACAACCAUUGAGUGGAAUGAUGAGACCCUCUAUGCCAGCAUCAAUGGCCUCAAGCGCUAGUGAGUUCUGGGCUUGGGCUCUGGGCUGGGUUGGAGGUUUUCACAUGGGUCUUUCAGAAGUCCUUAGAGACACCAACACCAGAAUGCCUCGUCUUUGAGUCCUGUUUGCAAUCACUCUCAUGCCUCAUUGGCAGAGCUAUUGGCAUCAUUCUCCCUAGGAGAGGCAGGUUGCUGUCAUUCGUCUGGAUUAUUUUCUCAGCAGAUCCUUCGCAUUGAAUGCUAUGUGUCCCAUGAGCAGCCAUCCACAAGGGAUUCAUUGUGAAUACAGUCCCCUGGAGGUUGCCAUGUUGCAGUACAGACCCACACCAACCUAUGGGCUAGCUGCCAAUUUAACCUGAGAUGGUUCUCGUGCCAGUUAAACACUUAGCACAUGUACUGAGUGACUACCAAUGAAUUGGGUGGGCCAGACAUUAUGCUAGGUGCUUUUCAUUUAUUAUUUAUGUAACCCCCACAACAAACACUAGGAAGUAGGCAUGUUAAAGUUUAAAAGAUAUUUUAAGCUUGAGGAAACUGCACUGUAGAGAGGUUAAAAGCUUUCCCUUGCCCACAGAACUAGUAAGUGGCGGAACUCAGGAAUGCCUGAUCAGUUUAUCAGAGAGGUUAAUUGACACUUUGGUCCAGUUGGGAAUCCAGUGGGUAGUUUUUAAGAUCAAGCUCACAGGACCUGGGUGCCUGCUGGGAGACACCAUGGAAUAGAAGAGUUAGGUUUAAAUCCUGGCUCUGCCAACCUUAGUAGCUGGGUGAUCUGGAACAGAUUGCUUAAGCUCUCUGAAUAUCACUUAAAGGGCAAAGUGAGAUCAAUACUUCCUGCCUAUUGGGAUUGUGAGGGUGACAGAAGCAAUGUAUGUAAAGUACCUGGCAUUUGGUAGGCACUCAGUAAAUGGUAGACACUUCUACUGCCUCUAUUCCUUGUUCUUUCCUUUAAGAGUUUCAGACUUUCAGCUUUCUGGCCUAGUGUACCCUGGCAGCUCCAGCCCCUCUACCAUCUGUGCUAAGGGACUACUUUUAGGUUCUUCCAUCCUCCCUAGGAUGCCCUGCCUUGUCUUCCCCUGAAGCUUCCUGUUGAAUCAGGAUCCACCAGCCCACUGGCAAGGCCAGGAAGAGGAACCUGUUCAAUGAGCAUUUAUACUGUGUCCUGGAGGUACGCAGAGUAAGACAGUACUUUGCUCCUACAGAGAGCUCUGCUCCCAGUGUGAGAUCAGAGACUGGUAAUGGGGUAGGCCUGGCGCUGCUCAGGUGUGGGAUACGAGGGUGGAGAGACUGACCAGCAGAUGACAUCUCCUUGCCUGUGGAAUUUUAUUUACAUUGGGAUCUUUCUAUCUCUAGCAACAGGGGACUGAAAACACUGCUAUCUGUUGGGGCUGGAACUUUUGAACCCAAGGGUAAGACUUUGCAUUCACAGAGGAAUCGCUCCCAGAUCACUCAGUCUCUUCCAAACUCCAAGGGCUCUGAAUUCUCUGAAGUGGGUGGCCUCUGGCUUCAGGUAUAAAUUUAGAUAUCCUAUAACCUUCUGGUCAGAGCUCUCUUUGAAGUCUGUCCUUCCUUUAUCACAGCUCUUACCACCUGCCUAUCUACUUAUCUAUACCUUCCUUUAUAGGAGCUCCUCCAGGGCAGAAACUCUAUUGUAUUCACCACUAUAUCCCAGCACUACCAAAUGUCAAAUGAAUGUCUGAAUAACUGAAUAUGCAUCUGGACAAAUAGGAGGCUAAGUGACAAGACAGAGGACCCAGGAGCUUAGGCCACUAUUGUUUCCUCCUGUGUCCCCCCACCCCACCCCUACCCCAGCCCCAAGUGCCGCAUAAUAGAAUCCUGCCCUUGAGAGAGUCCACGUUGAAGCCCAUCACUGCCACUAAGAUCAUAAUGACUUGCUGACUCCAGAUUCUCCAACAUGGUGGCCACUGCUGAGAACCACCAGACCUUCAUCCAGUCAGCCAUAUGGUUUCUGAGGAAGUACAACUUCCAUGGGCUGGACAUUGAUUGGGAGUAUCCUGGCAACUGUGGCAACCCAGCUGACACCAAGCAGCUCUUCACUGUCCUGUUGAAGAUGACUCACAUUCCCUGUGUCCAAAGAACAUAGGAUCUGGUCCACAAUGGACUGGGGAGAAGACCACUAUAUGAUGAGGGGUUCUGAGAGAGGCUAAAUACACCUGAGGGUGUGAAUCUCAGUUCUUCUGGCUCAAAUCCUGAUUUCUAUAGUGUAAGAUCAGAUUUUUCUUGCAGGGAAAACUUGUAGGGCCAAGUUAUAGAGACUACUGUAAGGGAGCAUGAAAGUUAAUUUAUUUACAGUAAGAAAUCUGCCAAGGAGUCUGAAACAUUCAUGUUCUAAGCACAGCUAUGGGAAGUCAAAUAGUCCCCAAACAGGUCCUUCCUUGGGGGGCAGCAUGUAGGGCAAGGUGAGCUAGUUACAGACUGAGAUGUUCAAUGGCCCCUCACUCUGGUAAGUAGAACCAGAUUCUUCCAGCGAAGAGGUACUCCUGCCACCAGGGCCAGACAUAAAGUUGUUGGGCCAGAGUGUCCUCUCCCCUGGGUAGCUUGAUUGAGCACCAAUGAUUGCGUCAGUACUCUUAUUUCCUCUUCUUCCAUGAUUGAUUUUUCCAAUUGUUAGAUUUAAUCAUAUAUAGUCUGUAGAGCUAAGAGCCAUUUUUUUUGGUCCAUAUAUUAGCUUUCUUUUUUUAUUUUUCUGCUCUGGACAUUAUUUGUGACUCUUAGAGGGUCACCAAAUUUCCCUCAGUACAAGUUUUUGGGAGACAACUCAUUGUUGUUCCCAGAGACCAACAACAGUUCUUUUUGUUUGUUUUGUUUUUUUAUUUAUUUUUAUUUUUGGCUGUGUUGGGUCUUCAUUUCUGUGUGAGGGCUUUCUCUAGUUGUGGCAAGUGGGGGCCACUCUUCAUUGCGGUGCACGGGCCUCUCACUGUCGCGGCCUCUCUUGUUGCAGAGCACAGGCUCCAGAUGCGCAGGCUCAGUAGUUGUGGCUCACAGGCCCAGUUGCUCCGUGGCAUGUGGUAUCCUCCCAGACCAGGGCUCAAACCUGUGUCCCCUGCAUUGGCAGGCAGAUUCUCAACCACUGCGCCACCAGGGAAGCCCCCCAACAACAGUUUUUGAAGCAAAGGACUCUAAGCUGAACACUGUUCAGCUUUCUUUGUAAGAAUCAUGACCUUGUCAAAAGUUCAUUGGUCCUUGCAGCCUGAGUCCAGUGUCCUCUGUUUCACAGGAAAUGUAUGAGGCUUUUGAGCACGAAGCCACCCAGAGCAACAAGCCUAGGUUGUUGAUUUCUGCUGCUGUGUCAGCUGGCAAAGGUACCAUUGAAACUGCCUACCAGAUCCCCGAGAUAGCAAACCCAAGGUACAUGGACCUCAUCAACGUGAUGACCUAUGACCUCAGGGGCUCCUGGGAUGGCUUCACAGGAGAGGACAGCCCCCUGCUUGCAGGACCCAAUGACAAGGGAGACUACAAAUACUUCAGUGUGGAUUAUGAAAUGAACUACUGGAAGAAUCAAGGUGCCCCUGCUGAGGAGCUGAUGGUGGGCUUUGGGGCUUAUGCCAGUACCUUCACUCUCACUAACCCUGCCAGCCAUGGCCUGGAUGCUCCCACCUCUGGCCCUGGGACUGCCAGGUCCUACACUCAGGAGGCUGGGAGUCUUGCCUACUUGGAGGUCUGCUCCUUCUUGAAAGGAGCCACCGAGGUGUGGAACGCUCCCCAGAAGGUGACCUAUGCCUACAAGGGGAAUCAGUGGAUUGGAUAUGCCAAUCCCAAGAGCUUCACCCUCAAGGGUGAGUGGCUGCUGAAGAAUAGUUGGGGGUCCAUGGUCUGGAACAUUGGCUUGGAUGACUUCACGGGCACUUUCUGUGGACAAGGCAAAUACCCUUUCAUGCAUGCCCUCAAGUCUGCACUCAGCGUCUCCACUCCCAGUUGCAGAGUGCCCACCUCUACCAUGGGCUCCCCCACCAACACUGUGGCUCCCGGGAGUGGCAGCACUGGCGAGAGUGGAUUCUGUGUCGGAAAGUCCAACGGUCUCUAUCCCAGCCCCACCAGCAAGUGCACCUUCUACAACUGUGUAGAUGGAUGUACCUAUGAGGAGGCUUGUCAGACAGGCCUGGUCUUUGACACCAGCUGCUCUUGCUGUAACUGGAUUUAAGCCAUCUGCUUGUGGGAUCCAUUGGGGACUAUAGGACAGAAGGAUGAUUAAAUGGAAGUUUUGCCUUAGACUACCAAGUUGUCUACUUUGAUUUGUGAAUCUAUGUGAUACUCCCCUGUGUGUAAAACAGAAGCCUUACCUUCUUGCUUCCCAGAGGUCUCCAGAGGUUGGGGCUGGGAGACAAGGAUGGGUAGUGUCUGGGACCUCUCUGAGCAUUUCCGUGAGAAGUUCUGGUGUUCUGGACUCCUCUUGAGGCAGAAGGGGAAAAGAAAUGAGAAGC